AUGCAAUAUAAGAAAACUUUAGCUGUCGCUGCUUUGGCAUCCACUUCGAUGGCUGCUUACGUUCCAUCGGAACCAUGGACCACUUUAAGCCCAAAUGUCACUUACUCUAAGGGUGUCACCGAUUACCCAUCUUCUUUCGGUAUCGCCGUUAUCCCAAUCUCUACAUCUAAUUCUACCAAAUCUGCUUCUUCUGCUAACGCUACCACACAAAUAAAGGCCAAAACCACCUCUAAGGCCUCUUCUAAAGCCAAGUCGUCCACAGCAAAAGCUAAGAGAGCCGCUGUUUCCCAGAUUGGUGAUGGUCAAGUUCAAGUCGGAACUGAUACUGCUCCAGCUCCAUCCAAGAAAUCUACUGCUGCUGCAGUUUCACAAAUUGGUGAUGGUCAAGUUCAAGCUGCUACCACUACUGAUAAAUCCACUGCCGCUGCAGUUUCACAAAUUGGUGAUGGUCAAGUUCAAGCUGCUACCACUACUGCUAAAUCUACUGCCGCUGCUGUCUCUCAAAUUGGUGAUGGUCAAGUUCAAGCUGCUACCACUACUGAUAAAUCCACUGCCGCUGCAGUUUCACAAAUUGGUGAUGGUCAAGUUCAAGCUGCUACCACUACUGCUAAAUCUACAGCCGCUGCUGUCUCUCAAAUUGGUGAUGGUCAAGUUCAAGCUGCUACCACCACUGCUAAAUCUACUGCUGCCGCCGUCUCUCAAAUUGGUGAUGGUCAAGUUCAAGCUACUGAUAAGGCUUCCAGUGCUAGUGGUACUGUUAAAGAUACUGCUACUGGUGCCGUUUCUCAAAUCACCGAUGGCCAAAUCCAAGCUUCUGUUUCCGUCAAUAAGGACCUAGCUACUUCAACUGGAUCUACUUCUCCAGCUACCUCUUCUGACCCAGUCCAAGUCGUUGCUUGUUCCAACAACAGUACUUUGGGUAUGUCCUUAAAGAAGGGUUUGUUGACCGAUGCUAAGGGUAGAGUUGGUUCUAUUGUUGCAAACAGACAAUUCCAAUUCGAUGGUCCACCACCACAAGCUGGUGCCAUCUACGCUGCUGGUUGGUCUAUUACUCCACAAGGUAACUUGGCUAUUGGUAACAAUGAUGUAUUUUACCAAUGUUUAUCUGGUGAUUUCUACAACUUGUAUGACAAAUCACAAGGUAAACAAUGUCACCCAGUUUAUUUACAAGCUGUUGAUUUGAUUUCUUGUUAA